AAACCAGAUCUGACGAAAGUUGCUACAGCCACCAUUGCUUCACAGCACUGACCUGGUCAGAGCUCAGCAGUAAAUGCCCGGCGAGCGGCAAGGAAGGUCGUUGCAAGCUAGCAUGAGAGCUGAGAGAUGGCUCAACGCCUUUGUCCGGAUGAUUGCCUUGCUAGAGAGGGUGGGUAACGCCCUCGGUACCCUGGCAUUCAUUUGGGGGACGGUGGUGGUGCUCGGCGGCUUCGCGGCGUACCUGGGCACAGAUUUUUGGGUCGCUACUGUGAUUGUCUUCCUCGAGGGUUUCAGGGCAUUUAGCCGGGAAAGCAGUUCGGAUGAUCAAUUUUUAUUCAAGACUACAGGAGGCAUCAAUCUCGAAAGAACGGGACUAGGUACUAGAAGUGGAUCUCUAAAUUAUGCAAAUGCAGUGAUAAUGACAGCUUGCAUGUUGAUGUUGCCUGCUCUUGAAAUCAUUCACUAUCGUAGCUCAGUUCCAGUGCUCCAAGAUAGUGAUGGUGUUUUUUUGCUUAUGUUAGUGGUGACAACGCAUAAGCUGGGGUUUUACACACUUAUUGGAUACAUUAGCACGAACAGAAGCCACAUACUGUUGCACUUUAUUCCGGCAGCUUCUCUCCUACUUGUUUGGGUUGGACACCGCUAUUUAGAAGGAUACUGCUUGGAUUAUUGUGGAUUUGUUUAUCUGAAUCACAGGCUAAUUCUUCUAUGGUUCAGCAUCUACAUUUUAGCGAGGUUUGGAUCGCCGGGAGAUGGUUGUCCAUAUCACAGAAUGGUUAAAGUAGUAGCACGACUAUUCCGUAUUAUAUUGCUUGGUGUAGUAAUUUGGAGAUUGUCAGGCUGGUUUGGGCCUAUGGGCUUGCUGGCGCUGUUAAGCCCGUUGGUGCUAGGCAACCUACAGAUUCCAAUGGCUUUGGCACGAAUCAUGUUCUCAUAUGUGUGGCUUGUCACCAAGGAUAUUGAAGUUCAUGAGACGAAAAACCAAAACGUCAUCCGAGCAGUGCAGAUGUUGUACAUAGUGGUGAUGUGUCAAGGGAUACUCUAUUGUUUGGCGUGCAUACUGGAGCCAUUAUCUUUCUUGCAACGGAGAUCACUGGCCCUUGAUUGUAAACUCUCAGAUAAGUUGGGGAUGGAAUCUAUUGAUCUCUACUACGAACAAGCCUUUGACACCUUCUUGAAAGAAAGUGUGUUCGACAGUACAAAGAAAGUGGACCUUGCCACCUUUGCUGUGGACUCCCUGAACCCCAUGGCAUCACGGGACAGGAAGCGUGCUGCUGUCCGAAUCUUGGCCUCCUUUCUGCAGAGUCACGCGACCUCCAGCACCAAUGACACAAAUAUUAUCUCUCUGAUCACCACCUCCACCGAUGCCGUGACCACCUUGAUCAGCAUGCUGGAAUGGACAGUCACAGAAGAUGCAGAUAUCAGGCUAUUCGCCACGAAGGUCACUGCUCAACUUGCUCCGAACCUACGGAUCAUCGGUAUUCCCGGAACUAUGCACAAGAUAUCUUUACUUCUUGAUGCCCAAGAUCAGCCGAUUAUACAGAAUAGUCCUGCCCAGAUUGUGCUUGGAAAUGGAGGCAACACAGAUAAUCAGCAAAGCACCAAUGCUUCUGCAACAGUGGACCAAAACAGAAGAAACAUUGGUAGACAACAAACAAGAAUGCGCAGUGCUUUAAGUUUUUUACGGCUGGACAUUGAGGGAGGGAACGCGCCAGAAGUGCCAGGUCGCUCUCGGAUUUGCAAAUUCUUACUUUUUCUGAUGGAGGAGAUAUGCAAAUUUGGGGAACACAUCGAGAAGCUGUUGUCGAUUCCACACAAGGAAUCCGAGGAUAACGACUCGCUCCCUGUACUGGGCAUGCAAAUCCUUGAAGGGCUGGCUCAUGAUAUCCACAACUGUGCAGAAAUCAGCAGAGCUACAGAGCUCCUCCCGAAGAUAAUAGAGUUCAUGAGCUUUGUGCCUGGCACAGUGGUAGAACAGCGACAAAAGAUUGCCAUGUCAUCACUAAGAUUAGUUGCCAAGCUUGGAAGCAUCAAAGGAAAAAUCGGCAUAACAUUGGUACAAGAUCUUUCUGAGAAUCCCUUGCUGAUUGGCAACCUUACCGAGAUUUUGGAGCUAGAGGAAAACUCUAACCCUGAACAAGUGAAGCUGGCGAUGGAUAUCAUUGCCAAGAUCGCGGUGGAUAAGAAAACAAGGCAAAAGAUUUGGACAGUACAAGUUAUCAUUGACAAGCUGCUGAAUGCGUUUCUUCUGGAUGAUGAAUCGUUAGCACCACUGGCAGGGGAAGCACUCGCGAUGCUGGCAACUGAAAGCCCAGUCCACUGCUCUGGUUUGUUGGUCAAAAGGAAUUACGAGCUUAUCAGGGAUCUGGCUGACAAGCUUCAGCGUAGUCAGCAUGUAUACCCAGCAGCAAGUCUACUCCAAAGGUUCUGCGAAAACUCGACGCAAUUACUGCUGGCGCAUCAAGAUUCAAGGGAUCGCUUGUCAUCUACCUUGACAGUGGUCUUGGGAAGAAUAGUGGAUGUUGAGGGCAAGCAGAUGGAGGCACUGAUCAGCCUAGCUUCACAAAUCUGCAGUGCAGGCAUUACCCCUGUACUGAACUCUUCUGCAAAUGCUGUGCCAUUUGUUGAGAAAUUGGUGCGUGAACUCAAGGCCCGCAAGAUACCAGGUGCCGAUGAAUUUCCAGAUAUGAGGAGGCUGCUGGUACAGCUCACAUUAUCCAUCGCGGAAUACUGUGAUGGCUACGCAUUCAUCUUCAAGCAACACGGGAUGAUGGAUGUUCUUUCAAAGGUGGAACAGUACAUGGGGUUGGUUUCAGAGGAGCAUGGAGCUCUGAACGACAAGGUGGCCAGAGCAAAGGGGCUCAUCGACGCCGCCACAAGUUAACAUGUUCACGGUGAACAAGUGCCAUCUCGUUGGUGCUUGAUUAGUAUCCGUCCAC